GGGGCCAGCCUUUGUAUUGUUCCUCCAGAAUUUGGGCUCAACCUCUUUUUGAAUGAUACCACGCUAGAUGCAGACACAACAUCUUUCGAUUUCAGGUUGACUGAAAACAAACAAUAGAUGUCAAAACUUGCACAUAGGUGGCUCUCUAACGAACAAAUUGCUCUUAGAGUUUAAGAAAUUAGCGAGUAUCCUGGACAAUUCAUUUGACAGAUAGAUUGCUUUAAGGUUUUCUGAUAUUCAGAGUAUACAAAGGGGAUGUUAGUGGAUGGAUGCUGCCGAUCAUUGGUGUCAUGUCUCAAACAGUUGAGCUGUCAAAUAACCAGAUGUACUUCCACCACAAUAUUUACAAGGAAAUGUCAUGAAGAUCAUAAGACUAGUAAAAGCCUUACACAUCAACAUUCACCUAAAAAGGCACCUAAGGGCAAGAAACAACUCACAGAAAAGAAAUUGACUAGACGUUUCAUCGACUGGCGUCGUGUUUUGUUUGUUGGGGGAGAAGGAGGGGAUGGCUGUAUAUCCAUGAGACGAGAAGCACAUAAUGAGUAUGGCGGUCCAGAUGGUGGAAAUGGAGGAAAUGGUGGCAAAAUUAUUUUACAGUGUCCCUCUUGGAACUAUCGUAAGAGAAAACAAUGUGAAAUUAGUGGACCUGGCAAAUGAAGGUGAUGAGUUUGUUGCAGCUCGUGGUGGUGCUGGUGGUAAGGGGAACAGGCAUUUCUUAUCUAAUGAAAACCGUGCACCACAAAUUGCCACUCGUGGAAUGCCAGGGGAGCAGCGGACUUUUGAAUUGGAAUUGCGAGUAAUGGCCCAAGCUGGACUGAUUGGAUUUCCAAAUGCUGGCAAGUCAACUCUGCUACGAGCCCUGUCCAGGGCCCGCCCCGCAGUGGCUGCCUACCCCUUCACAACCCUAAAUCCACACGUAGGAAUGGUAGAGUAUGAUGAUAUGGAGCAGGUUGCAGUUGCAGAUAUUCCCGGGUUGAUACCAGGAGCACAUAUGAACAAAGGUCUUGGACAUUCAUUCUUAAAGCAUAUAGAACGUUGCCUAUGCUUGCUGUACGUCAUUGACCUAUCACAGCCCAACCCCUCAGAGCAACUCCAGCAUCUAAAAUACGAGCUGAAUCAAUACCACCCUGGCCUAGCAGACAGGCCACACGCAGUUGUUGGCAACAAGAUAGACUUACUGGAAGCCAAGGAAAAUCUUAAAACAUUGCAAGACGGCAUUAAAUUACCUGUCAUCGCAAUUUCUGCUCAAUGUAAAAUGAAUAUAACAUCACUUAAGUCACAUUUACGAGAACUUUAUGAUCAAGAUAUGAAGGGGAGAAAAAAGGUGAAAGAAAAGAAGGAAAACGAGUCUCGUAUUAUAUGAAAGCUGUAUUCCCCGACAAAAAAAAAUUCAUAAAAACACUCUUUUUUCACUUGGAGACACUUUACUCUGCCAAGGCUGUUUUUCAUCAUGGUAUGCAAGGCCAUAUUUAUAAAAAGAAAUUAAAUUUAGUUUGAAGACAUAAAUUCAAAGUACAUACACAUAUAAAAGCUUAAAAUAAUACACAAGAGGCUAUUUUUCCUAUAAUCAAUGAAUAUGAAAGUUUAUUCUAUUAAAAAGUCUGAUGUUGUAAGGCUCUGGGGCAGAUCCAUAGCUUUAUUCUGGCCAUCUCGCAUCACUUGUUUUAUUGUGUGAAUGUUUAUGUUAAUUAUCCACAUGCUAAAAUACUACUCUUUAAUUAUACAGUAGUUAAUGUUAAUUAAAUAUUAGUUGU